AUGACUUACAUGUGGAAGGCUCCAGGUCCAAUGAACCUGGCAUCUCCAGUUACAAAGGAGCAGGGAGCAGAUAUGGGGAAAGUGUCGCACAGCGGUUUACCCCAUAUGUUGGUUGACCUAGUGACUGCAGUUAGCAGUCCAGGAAGUUCGCAGGAUGAACGGAAGAUUGAAAAGAGUGGCAGCAUGCUUUGGCCUUUUACCAGACUGCUUCCAAAAAUGAAGCGGGCACAGCUUAAUCCCAGCUUUAACCCUUCCUUAAUGUGCAUAACAGAGUCCUGGAGCAGAGCCUUAGCUAAAGUUGUGUUGAGCCUCCUUGGCUUCUUUCUCUGGGGAGCUGCUGUGGCUUUAGUCCUCGGUGGUGCGUUUGUAAUCCUCACCUACAGAAGUUACGGAGUCUUCUUUCAGAACAGAUUCUUCCUUGUGCCAGGCUGGCUGGCUAUCGUGGCUGCUCUUCUGCUGGUCCCCACCGGUGCUUUGGCGAUAUGCGCCCCAGUUAAGAACUCUCGCUUUCACCAGGGGACUUUGAUGUACUUGCUGUUGGUCCUUCUCUGCCUAGAGGCAUCUUCAACCGUCAUGACCCACGUUUACUGUGUCAAAGCGCGCCAUCAACUGAAAAACAGCAUGGACCAUUUCUUUUGCCAAUACAACGGAACUGCUCCACAUCACCGUAGCAACAGGGCUGUUGAUGCAAUCCAGAAGCAGCUGAAGUGUUGCGGAAUCGACAACUACACUGACUGGAUGGCGGCGUUGCCAACUCGUCUCCAAGCUGGGCUUGUCUUUACCCCCGAAAGCUGUUGCAAAGAGGCUUAUUUGGACUGCAGGGGUGACGUGAGGCAGCUGGAGAAGCUGUUUAAGGAAGGCUGUCUUCAGAAACUGGAAGGGAGGCUGCAUUUUGUUAUGGGAUAUAUGGCUUGGUGUUGUAUGGUGGUGGUUUGGUUGGAGAUGCUGGCUGCUCUCAGCAAUGGAAUACUUAUGAAGGAACAGCCCUUCCAAGACUUCCAAAUUCUUGAUUCUGCUGCUUUCUCAUAG